AUGGAGGCGCCGGUCCCGGUGCCGGAGGUGCCGGUACCAGUGCCGGAGGUGCCAGUCCCGGUGCCGGGGGGUGAUGGAGGUGCCGGCCCGGUGCCGGAGGCUGCUCUUCCAAAAGCUACCGUGUUGGAUUUGUCCUGUAACAACCUCGUUUCCUUGCCGUCAGACUUCUGCAGUUUGAUGCAUCUGGUGAAACUGGAUUUGAGUAAAAACCGACUUCAGCAGCUGCCCGGGGACUUUGGCCGCCUGGUCAAUCUGCAGCACCUGGACCUGCUGAGUCUGCCCGUCAGCUUUGCACAGCUCAAGAACCUGAAGUGGCUGGAUCUGAAGGACAAUCCCCUGGAUCCUGUCCUGGCUAAAGUAGCAGGAGACUGUCUGGAUGAGAAGCAGUGUAAACAAGCUGCUGUGAGGGUACUGCAGCAUAUGAAAGCGAUCCAGUCCGAGCAGGAUCGGCAGCGGCAACGGAAGCUCCAAGCAGAGCGAGAAAUGGAGAAGAAGCGUGAAGCAGAACAACGUGCAAAGGAGGCUCAGGAGAGGGAGCUGAGGAAGCGAGAGAAGGCGGAAGAAAAGGAGCGCAGGAGACGGGAGUAUGAUGCUCAAAAAGCUGCAAAACAGGAGAUGGAAAAGAAACCUAAAAAAGAAACGGUGCAGACCCGAAAGCCAGCCUCCAGUUCUCGUCCCCCUCAGCCACCCCGGCACAAGCAGCACUCCUGGUCACGGUCGGUACUGCGGGUGCUGCUCCUGGUGCUGCUGUGUGUCCUCUGCACCGUGGCUGCCUGCAAGCUGACCGAGCUGCACCGCCAGCCGCUCUGCGUCAGCGUCAACACCCUCUACGAGGACGUGCUGGCUGCCCUGCAAAACCACAAAACCCUGCAAAACUUGCUACAGCAGAACUCGCAGUAGUGAUUGUCCUCGACGGGCACUUGCUUCGUCAGCAUCUCCCUCCACCAUCUUACGCAGCCAGAAUUCCUAUGGAAUUGUGUUCUGAUGAAACUGCUUUUAACCAGUAAGCGUUGGUUUGCUGGUCCACUCCACUCAGAGCAGUUACUGUUCACAUCAUCUUUGCAGUGCAUGUUUUGCAGUUGGCCUGUAACUCCCGUUAUUUGCCCACAUUAA